AGUGGGAGAUAUUCACAUAGAACAUCACCAAAUUUGGGAAUGGAAAUUCUUGAUGCGUGGGAUGAUGAGUAUGAUGGUGUGAUUGUUGAUCCUCAAAACUUGCCAUCAACUGCUAAUGCUUUUGCCUCAGCUAUUCGCAUGUCACUCGUCAAUUGGAAGAUGCAGGGAAAAAAAGGAAUAUGGCUCAAGAUAUUACAAGAGCAAGCAGACCUUGUUCCAAUUGCAAUUCAGGAGGGAUUCAAUUAUCAUCACGCUGAACCGGGUUACGUCGUGUUAACACACUGGAUUCCUAAUGAACCCUCUAUGCUUCCUCCUUCUCCUUCUCAUCAAAUUGGUGUUGCAGGAUUUGUUAUGAACCAAAAAAAUGAGAUUCUUGUGGUGAAAGAAAGACGUCCUUACAGUUGCUCUAACAUAUGGAAAUUGCCUACUGGUUGUAUCAACAAGUCCGAAGAUAUAUUCGCUGGAGCUGUAAGAGAAGUGAAAGAAGAAACCGGUAUUGAGACAAUUUUUCUAGAAAUGGUUGCUUUCAGACACGUCCACCUGGUAGCUUUCGAGCAGUCAGAUUUGCUGUUCGUCUGCAUUCUCAAGCCAUUGUCCCAUGAUAUCAGAAUUGACGAGAAGGAAAUUCAAGCUGCCAAGUGGAUGCAUGUGAGCGAAUUGAUUGAGCAGCCGUUGUACGGAGAAGAUGAAAUGUCAAGAAAGAUGAUCGACAGAUGCAUUGCAGCUUCUGAAGAUGGUGAGUAUGGUUUCGUUGCUCAUCAUUUGGCUUCAAAACUUGAUGGCAAACCUUCCUACUUGUAUUAUCAUGCUUCUAAUUCAUUUAACGACGUAUAAAUGCAUGUACUGCAUCUCUGGUAUUACAUGCAUAUAUUCAUAUAUAUGUUAAAAGAAAAUAAUACAUAUACAUAUAUGGGAUGUUAUUCGUCUGAUAAAUUU